GAUACUUUGAAGGUUAUAGCAAUGACACCAGCUGAGGGUAUUGAAGUGGGAAACACGUAUAGUAUAUCAAUAACAUGCCAGUAUAAGUCAUAUAAUCUUCUUGACUUCAAACUACAACAAAACGGAAAUACAGUCGUACAUAUACUAUAUUCCCCUAUGAAGAAGGGAUACAAAAGAUUAAAAACUAGCGAUGGUUUCGACUGUGAUUUACCUGUUGACAUUAUAGGUAAUGUUACCUGUUGGAAAUAUAACCCCACUUGCAAAGAUGUGGCAGCUUACUCAUGUAAAACAUUCUACAAAACUUCAAAAAGGAAGGUUUUUAAAGCAAAAUCUACCUUAGAGAGUCUCGAAAUUCUCAAAGGACUUAAUAAACAAGGCAGAGAAGUAAAAAACUUAAGAUGUGUAGCGAAUAUUGGCGCACCUUUUAAAUCGCAAGAAACCUUUAUGUGGAUUACAACAAAAAAUGGUAAAAAUUUUUAUUUCAUCAAAAAGGAGCAAAUCCCGCUUACUUCGGGCUGUUAUUCUCUGGUAUCAUCAGAUUAUACUUUCACUUCACCAGCCAAAAACGUAUCUGCCACAAAUAUCACAUGUAAAACAAAUUUUGCUUCACUUCGGGUACAAAUCAACGAUGAGAUGGAAAAUCGUUAGAAAAGGUAAAUUGAUUUUCUAUUUCGUACCCUGUUUA